AGCUGUCCUUGAGCCUCGACCCUGCGUGAGCCCUCUGGGUCUUAGACUUGAGAUGCAAAGUUUUGAAAUUUUCAAACUUGAAAAUCACGGUGAGCAGAGAGAUCUCUGGUGCUCUGUCAAUCCUAAUGUCCCUUUUAUUGAACGUUGACUAUGUUGCCAAUGAAAAGCCAGUAAAGCUUCAAGGAGGAAAGAGGUCAAUAGCCAAAUGUUUCAAGAAGUCAAGGAAGUCACGAAAUGUUGGGGUAAGUCAGGCAGGUGCAGAACAACAUGUAAAAAAAGUGAAGUAUACUAUAUAUUAUGCAAAACUGAGGCCAAGUGCUGUGUGGAUCCCAAGUAUGUACCUGUAAAAUCAAAAUUAACAGACACAAAUACAAGCCUGGAAUCAACUUCUGCAGUCUGACACCUCUCUUCCAACCUUGAGUCUCAACAUCAUGGGAUCCUGCA